AUGAGUUCCGAGCCCCUGAGCAUCGGGUUCAAAUCCCUCAAAAAUCCCCCAAAAGCCCCCCAAACCAUUCCGCGCCAGCGAAAGCUGCAAAACUUCAACAAGCGACUCAACCUGCCGGGAACCGAAUGUGGGUCUGCAAAGGCGCCAUCAGCUAAGCAGCACUGGAGCAUUCCAGACAAUAAUUCACGAUUGAAAACGUAUCAGUUAACGGCCGCAAAUCCGGACCGGCGGGGACGGGCGAGAGGAGAUGUACCAUAUCUUUUGAUGCUGAUAGAUUUAUUGCCUCCUCGCGGCUAUGAUAAGACGUCCGCCAGUCACAAAGCGCGGCUGAUUUAUUUACGCGCCCGCCGCGAGGGGUGCGCGACGCUCUUUUAUUGCGCCGCGGAUAUUUCGUUCGCCUUAAUUGUGAGCUCG